AUGUCAACGGCAGGUGCAGAUUCAGCAGUAAAUCAUCAGGUGUUGUCUCAUGAGGCGAAUGAUAAUAAUGGAGUACUUAGUAAAACUAUAAACAAAUCAAAAAUUUAUCCUUUGGAAGGAUCUGCUCAUUCAGAUAUCCGUAAUGAUUAUGACAAUGAAAAAGUUUCACCAGUGGAAAUGGAAGAAUCAAGAAAAGAUCCUACUAUUCCAAAGAAACAAAAAUCUCUUUGGAAGAGGAAUUUAAUACAAGCCAUUAUUCUUCUUUUUGCAAUCAUAAUUAUAGCAUUAGCUUUUAUUGCAGUUAUUAAAUAUUACAUCCUGGACCGUUCCCGACCUGAACUUAUUUACAUUAAUAUGAUUUGGCGACAUGGUGAUCGAGCACCUACUCAUGAUUUUUUAAACUUUACUGAAAAAUAUAUGAUCGCCUUUCCGGAAGGUAUCGGAAAUUUAACAAAAAUAGGUAUGGAACAAGCUGAACAAUUAGGCUUAUUGUUACGACGUCGUUACAUAUAUCCUGAAAACAUCACAUCAAAACAGAUUUAUAUUCGUAGUACAAGUUUUAAUCGUACAAUCAAAACAGCGGAAUAUGUUCUAACAGGAAUGUCUUUCUCCGAUGUAAAAAUUAACGCCGAAAUAGCGACAGAUGUUGACACGACUGGUAAUCCAUUUUUUGAAUGUGACGCUGCAAACCAGUUUGUUCGUGAUCAAAAUGAAAAAUAUUUUCUGCGAGAAAAUUUCAGUGAAAUAUAUGAAUUAAUGAAACGAGAACUGAACUAUAGCGGUAAUGCAUAUAAUUUAUUCGAUACUCUCGUUUGUCUGAAAAAACAUGAUUUAUUAUUGCCGGACUGGUUGAGGGAUGAAAAAUUGUACGAAAAACUGAAGUUUUUGAGUUGGCAUGGCGUUGAAGCAAUGUUUGGUUUGGGACCAUAUAAUAAUGAAUUACAAAGAAAAAUUCGAGGUGGAAGUUCUCUUCGUGGUGUUGUUAGCCGAAUCGCUUGUAAAGUAAAUUAUUCAGACUGGAAAGCGGUUGAUUCCUGUGACGAAAGAUUUUAUGGACUAUCGGCUGCAACGAUUAAAAGCUCGCUUUUCCAGCAUGAUAUGACACUUGUUUCAAUAUUGUCAACAUUCAGCGAUAUACAUUCUAUUUUGGGCAAAACUCCAUUGGUUAAUUACGGAGCUAAUAUUGCAUUCGAAAUUUGGCGAAUCGAUGAUUCGUACAAAAUGAAAGUGUUGUAUGCAAAUCAGUGGGAUGAAGAACCACAAGACAUAACAAAAUUUGCUCCUGGAUGUGACGAUUUAUCUAAAUUUUGCAAUGUCACCAAAUUUAUUGAGCAAUCGAGGUUACUCUUUUUCGAUGAUGUUCAAAAGGAAUGCUCGAAGGGUGCAGAAAAUUUGACUUCACAUAUUGUUAAAAGAUCGAUUGGACCAGAGAAUAUGGAUGAUGCAAUUGAUCUCAUUGAAUUAUAUUGA